GAGCAGAGAGAGGAGGAGGAGGAAGAGGAGGAGAAGAGAGCUGCUGCAGAGAGAGGAGGGGAUAAAGAUGAAGAAGAAGAAGAAGAUGAAGAAGAAGAAGAAGAAGAAGAUGAUGAUGAAGAAGAAGAAGAUGAUGAUGAUGAUGUCAGGAUGAGGAAGAGUCCCUUGAAGAAAGCUGUUGGAGGUUCUUCCUCCUCAGAGAAGAAGUGUGUUCCAGGUAUUAUCUACCUGGGUCACAUUCCUCCGAGGCUCCGCCCAAAACACCUGAGGAACAUGCUGUCAGUGUACGGAGAGAUCGGACGCAUCUUCCUCCAACCUGAAGGUGGUCAGGUGAGGAGGAGGAAGAGGAAGUCUGGCUCGAGGAGGUGUGACUUCACUGAAGGAUGGGUGGAGUUUAUCGAUAAACGAGUUGGGAAACGAGUCGCAGCGUCUUUGCACAACACGCCGAUGGGAACCAGGAAACGCCAACGCUUCUCCUCUGACCUGUGGUCCAUCAAGUACCUGCACAGGUUCCAGUGGACUCACCUGAGUGAGCGUUUGGCGUACGAGCAGACGGUUCUGCAGCAGAGACUACGGACUGAGGUGUCUCAGGCGAAGCGGGAGACAAACUUCUACUUGGAAAAUGUGGAGCGGAGCGCACACCUGGACAACGCAAGGAAGAAGAGGAAGAGAGAUGGCCAACAGGUGGACGAUAAGACGUGGGACUUCACACAGCGUCAGACGGAGGACGAGAUCCACAUGAAGAAGAAGAAAAAGAACUCUGUUUCCCAGAAGCACCUGGACAAGGCCCGCCUCUUACAGCAGAAGAGCCAAUCAAACCUCUCACUGCUGGCCAAGAUUUUCAAGACCAACAAAUCAGAGUGACAGGAAAGAGACAACUGAUAGGUUGAUUGGCUGUUUCAUAAGAGCGUUGUCAUGGAAACAGAACCAACCAACCGAUCACAGGCCAGUAUGGGAAACAGCUAAGCCCUCAGAGUCAGUUCCUUCGGGAAUCGAUUCCUUCUGACCUCUUUCUGUAACUGGUUAAGACUUUAUACCUGUUCAGUGGAUUGACCUUUGACCUCUGGCCUUCUCCGAUCACAAUCAGACUCACCUGCAGAGGUGCAUGAUGUCUUUACAGACCACCUUCAAAUCUCUGUGUGAAAUGUUGUAAAUAAAUCUCUUUGGUAUGAG